CUUCAUCGUUGCAUCCGCUGCUCUCAUUCACAGCCAGCUAACAGUUGGCUCCUUCAAGCUUCACCCUCUCCAGAGAGACGGCUGGCCAGGCGUCCAGUCAGGUCUGAGCCACGAUGAGCGACACGACUCCGGCUAUUACCACGGGUUAGACCUCAUGCUCCCGGGGCAUAGCUGGCGAACUAGGUGCUGAAGUGAAAGAACCGUGGGUGCUUCGGGAUUUAUUAUUGCGCUGAAGAGCGGCGCUAACGGUGCUGACAGCCCUGGGGACUUGCCGCUCGUUUUUUACAUGAUGCAGCCUGCCUUGCUGAAUGCAUCCAGCAUUUCCUGGGUUAUCUUACACAUGCAGUGAGUUAUUUUCUGGUGCAGUGAGGUUGAUUGGCAAUCGUGAACCAGCAGUCACAUUGUUGAAACAAUAGCCACAUCUGAUAAUCGUGGGCAACUACUUCCAGAAAAUAACAGAGAGAGCAACUGCAAGGUCAAGGCAGAUCAAACACUCAAAAGUCACUGAUCUAAUGUCCUGCAUAUUUUGCAUCAGAAAAUUCCAAAUCACUUUUUCAUCAUUGGUGUUCAUUGUUCUAGGAAACAACCAGAAUUGUGUUCUCUGGACUUUGAUUCCUGAUGGCCUCCUUUGCGAUGGUAUUUAGAUUUGUCAACACUACGGACCCUCUGCUUGGGUGGCUUAAUUCAACGGAUCGCGACCAUUCACCCAACUACUUUGCCCUGUUCUUCAUACUGCUGAUCUUUGCCAUUGUGUUUGGGAACGUGUUGGUGUGCCUUGCAGUGCUGAAAGAAAAAUCUUUACAAACAACUACGAACUACCUUGUUGUCAGCUUAGCAGUAGCAGACAUGCUGGUUGCUACUUUGGUGAUGCCAUGGGUCGUGUACCUGGAGGUGGUAAGGGUGUGGAGAUUCAGUCAAACAAGCUGUAACAUCUUUGUGACACUGGAUGUUAUGAUGUGCACCGCAAGUAUUUUAAACCUCUGUGCUAUCAGCAUUGACAGGUACACUGCUGUAGUGAUGCCAAUCCAAUAUAACACAAAUUGCAGUUCCAGGAGGCGGGUGACUGGAAUGAUCAUUGCCGUGUGGAUAUUAUCUUUGGCAGUAUCUUGUCCUCUCCUGUUCGGUUUCAAUACAACAGAUGACCCAAGGUUAUGUUCGAUAUCCAAUCCCGAUUUUGUUGUGUACUCAUCAAUUGUUUCCUUCUACUUGCCAUUUUUAAUCACACUGUUGGUGUAUAUACGUAUUUAUUUUGUACUGAAAAAGAGAAGGAAGCGUAUUAGUCUACGACAAAACAGUGCUACCGUGGCUACGAAAGUUGCAGCACAGAGCCAGAUAAUUCAGGAAAAGAAAGAGCAUUUUCCCAAAAUAUUUCAUUCACUGGCCUGUUUGAACGUUAGCAAGCGAACAGGUCUAUCCCCAAACAGUGAGCUGCAGUCCCCCAUAGGAAUUGCAAAUUACUGCACCAUCAGCCAGGCUUUGUUUGCACAUUCAGAGAACGGAAUUGAGAAAUCGGACAAGAAGAGCGUUUGUGCAACAAAGCGUGCAUCCGAAGUGAAAAACAUGUCCAGCGGAAAAACUGCCACUUCCCUGAGACCCGCUUUAAAACACAGGAACCUGCACACGAGAGAGAGGAAAGUUACUCGGAUGUUGGUGGUUGUGCUGGGUAUGUUCCUCAUUUGCUGGCUGCCAUUUUUUAUCACGCACAUUCUGAACACCCACUGCAAGCGAUGCCAUGUGUCACUAGAACUCUACAGUGCUACCACUUGGCUUGGAUAUGUCAACAGUGCAAUAAAUCCCAUCAUCUACACUACCUUCAACACCGAGUUCAGAAGAGCAUUUCUCAGAAUUUUGUCUUGCUAAAUUAAGUCUGAAAGAUGUUACUAAUUAAAGAUAUUGCUAGUUGGGAUUUUAACAUUUAACUUCCCUUAAUCCUAACCACCGUAAUGAAAUUAUUGCUGAAAUAGAGGUCAGAUCUCAUUUUCCAUUAAAUUUGUGCCCAGUAAAAGUACAGAUUUACUUUCUUCAUGUAAAUUUCUUACCACUCGCGAUAUUUUUCCAUUAAAACUGAAGCGCACUGAUCAGUGAGACAGCUUUGUGACUUAAUUCUUCUGCUUGAUAUUCUUCAAAUGUAGAGAGAUGUGGCCUAGAUAUUUAAUUGCUUAACGCUGCUUUUCAGUGUUUCGUAACUGACAGUAGAGUGAAAUGCAAAGACAUCCAUCCUAGGAACGAUUUGUGUCACUCUAGGAAUGCAACCAGGCAUGCGCUUUGCAGAGCGCUUCACAACGACAUGUCUGUACAUUCUCUUCACCAUUCAUAAAUGGGAUGAUUCUCCAUGCCGGGAUUAUUGUGGGAACAUUGAACCAGGUAGUCCUUGGGUGCCCUGGCAUUGGGCUCUCCUGGGACAAGCAGAUUGUAAUAACAUUUGUGAUCUGUAGGAAAACCCUUCCCUCCCCCCCCAAACCACUUUCCCUUCAACAACCAAAUACAAUACGGAUUCUACUUUCUCGUCACCCUUACUCCAACCACCCCAACCCAAAUCUCAUUCCAUGCUCCCAGAGCCCUGGUCCAUGAUCACGUACCCAAACUCCCAACAUCUGUCAUCAUUUUAUUAUUCAAUUCACAUGAUCUCAGCAUUAAUUGCCUGCCCUUAACUAUCCUUGAGCCUCCUACUUGAGAUGCCCUGCACUUUCUUUUGAAGGUACAGCAGAGUUGCACUGGGAGCUCCAGACCACGGACAAUGAAAGAAUGACAAUAUAUCUCUAAGAUAGGCCAAUGAACAACUUGGAGGGGAAUUUAUGGCAAUGCCAUUGAAUGGCAUGAAUCGAUGAUUAGAUUCUGGUUUUGUUAUUGAUGGUCAUUGCCUGGCAUUUUUAGGGUUAGCUAACUAACUGCCUCCACGUAAAUAUGGUUUAGGUUUUGCUGAGUGCACAUAUGCUUCAUUUCUUUUGACUAAGAGUUGAGAAUAGAUUUGAAUAUUAUGCAAUCAUCAUUAAACUUCCACACGUAUGAUUGUUUUAAUGAAAGGAAUGCCAUAGGUGAAGCAGUUGAAGAUGGUUGGGCUGAGCACACAGACCAAAGAAACUCCUGCAACGAUGAACUUGGGCUUGGAGGAUUGGCCACCAAUGAACAAAACCAUCUUAUAUUGAGGGAGGUGUGACUCUGACCAUUGGAGUGCAUUUGCUAUGAUAUCUGUUAACUUCAGUUUUACUGAGGCUCUUUCAUGAAACAGCCAUUCAAAUGUUGCCUCCAUCUAAAAGGGCAGACACUCUCACCUCACCUCUGGACCAGCUCUUUCGUCCUUGUUUAGACUAAGACUGUGAUGAGGGAUGAAGCCGAAUGGUUCUGGUGAAAUCCACAAGAGGUAUCAAUGUGGUUACUAGUGAGUAGAUGUUUGAUAGCAUUGUCUAUGACGCAUUCCAUCACAUUGCUGUUAAUCGAGUGAUGACUAAUUGGGCAGUCAGUGUAUGAAGGAACUGCAGAUGCUGGUUUAAACUGAAGAUAGACACAAAGUGCUGGAGUAACUCAGUGGGGCAGGCAGCAUCUCUGGAGAAAAGUAAUGGAUGAUGACGUUUCAGGUCAAGACCCUUCUUCAGACAUUGUAAUUAGCCAGAUUGGAUUUCACUUGCUUUUUGGUCUUUCCUGUAUUGGUGAAAUAUAUAUCCUUAUUGCAAUUGUACAAGAACAACUUGAUCAUAGGCAUGUCUAGUUCUGAAGUGCAAGUCUUCAGGGCUGAAUUUGGAAUGUUGUCUGGGGCCAAAGCCAUUUGCUACAUCCAAUGGUCUCAGCCAUUUCCUGGUGGUGUGUAUUGGACUGGCUGAUAGGUUGCAGCACAGUUUAAAUGCGCUGUCAUUUCCAUAGCGAGCAGAUUGGGUUGAGAGUUAUUUAGCUAGAGAAGCACAAAGAUACUUAUGACAUCUGCUUUCCCAGGGAUAUCUUGAUGUGAUUUGUAAAAUUGCAAUAUUAUUUUCAAAGUCUGCAAUGGAGGGAAUCUCUGGAGGAACGGAUGGGCCAUUCUCUCAGCAUUUCCAGCUUCACAUGGUUGCUAGUACACCAGCUCCAACACCCACCUGCUUCAUGGCUCUGAUCUAAUCCAAUGGUUGUGAGGUCAAUCAGCUCUGUCCAUUGCAUGAUUCCAUGGCAGGAAUCCUAUUUUAAAUCAUCACCAGUUAGUUAUCUCAGCUGGCCUUUCUGCAAAGCUCAUUGAACAAGGGAUGAACCCCUGGCUUCAUGGAAAUGGUGAGGCCACGGAUACGUAGGGCAUAUUUGGGUGCCAUAUAAUUCUGCUGCCCAGUUUUGCGUUGCCAAAAUCUACUUCACUCGCCAUCUGAUCAGAUUGAUCAAUCAUCACCUCCACCCACAACCCGUCCCUGAUCUUGCACAACUUCCCAGUCCCAAUCUAUCCGGCAGAUCCAUCUCCCCUACCUCUCUUUCCCUGUUCUCCCUUGAGAUACACCCAUCCGUGAACCACUUUUCUUGCACAUCUUCCUAAUCUGAGGACUCUAGUCGCCAAGUGUUUCUCCCUCGACCCAUCUUUCCCUUGCCCCCCAUAUAUAUUUUGCCAAAUAGCACCUGGAGUCUUGAAUUUCAAGCACUAUAGGUGUUUCCACUGUUGUACCUGAAUUACCAUGGGUACGUCAGAAUUUCAGGGCCCAGGAGGCUUUUUCCAAAACAUUUAUAUUUGCUUAAACACAAAGUAGACUGAAAAUUUUCCUUCGCAUUGACUAUAUGAAGCAAUCUCUGGUUGUGUACAAGCGUGAAAUGUUGCAAAGAUUUUUCCUUUCCAAACUGAAUCAUUCUGUUAAUCUUGUGUGUGUUUCUUAAAUGUUUUCACAUAUCAAAUAUUCAAUUUAAAUAAAGUAAAUGCACAUAUAUUUAAAUAGUUGUGGAAGCUACAAUGAUGAA